AUGCCCAUAUCCACUCGGCUGAGAAAAGUCUUCUCCAAACUAAGAAGAAAUAAAAGCAAGCAAAAGAGUGAGACUCAAUCUUCACCCACCAACAACGCACUCCAGCAAAACCCAAAAGUUGCACAGAGACAGAAAACGCUAGUUGAAGCUUCUCGCCAAGGCGAUAUAGUCGCCGUGACAGAAAUUCUCCGACAACGCGGAGCAUCUCCAGAGGGAGAAGAGUCCUUGCGUGCAGCAGCCUCGAAUGGCCAUGCAGAUGUCGUUCUUCUGCUCCUGCAGCAUAGAAUAGAUCCGAACAAGCUCGACAGCGUCGGCCAAACCGCUCUGCACAAAGCUGUUAUCCAUGGCCACGGCAAAGUUAUUCGAGGAGCAGCAUCUUACACCAGCGAAGCCAGCAGUGAGGCCAGCAGUGAGGCCAGCAGUGAGGCCAGCAGUGAGGCCAGCAGUGAGGCCAGCAGUGAGGCCAGCAGCGAAGCCAGCAGUGAAGCCAGCAGUGAAGCCAGCAGUGAAGCCAGCAGUGAAGCCAGAAGUAAAGAAGGCCCCAGCUAA